AUGAGUGUAAUGGUGGAGUGUCUUCCAGGUUACUUUGGUGAGAACUGCACUUCAGAAUGUCGCUAUCCUUAUUUCGGACAAAAAUGUCAAGAAGAAUGUAAUUGCUCCAUAUCAGACUGUAACUUUCAAUACGGCUGUUCAAAAGCUACAACAGAGAAACAUUCAUCUUCAACAAAAUUUGAUUUUACCAAAGACUUUGUUUCAAACACAGAAACCAUUAAUCUUACACAUCUAGAGAGUGUGAAAGUUAACAAUUCAGUGUCUGUUCCAUUCAUUCUCAUAGUUUGCGUUGGUUCUCUGUUAUCUGUUAUGAUAAUAGUUGCAAUCAUAAAGAAAAUCGUUGUAUAUUGGUUUUUACUUUUUGCAAAGAAGAAUACUGAUGCUUCCUCCGAUAUAUAUCUUGACAUUGAUGAGAAUUUACAAGUGGAAACCGGAGCUGCAAAUGAGAAACGUCCCAAUGAUCAUAUAACUGUGCGUGUAACUGAAACUCCAACUUCUUCUAAUAAAGAUAUAGAUUCAGAUAAGGAAUCUGCAGGGGAAAAUAUUAAAGAAUGUGUCUACAGCAAAGUUUCAAAAACCAAAAUGUCCGCCACAAAGAGAAGUGAUAACACAAAUACAAAAGAAAAACAUGUGAACAGCUGUAAAACAAUUGAAAAAAUAAGUGACAAACUGGAAAAGGAAUCGUUCGGUGAAAACGGAAGUCAAAAAGGCACUUUACUUAGUGAUCAAAAUAAUGUAAAAGACGAUGAAGGAAAAAGAAUCUUUGAUCAGGGUGCUGAAACAAAUAUUACUGUUGAUUCUUAUAUUUAUGUGAAUAAACAAACUGAAAUAACACAUCUUUAA